ACAACUUAACUCUAUUGAGUUUUGUCAAUUUCAACUUAGUCUUUGGUGCUUCAGUUGGAGAAGAUAUCAAUUUUUUUUAGAUUUUGAACCCAGAUAUAUAUUGUUUUUCUCUUGUUUCAUUGAGAAAUAAGCUGUUUUAAGUUUAGUUAUAUUGUGUUCAUGAAUAGUGCCAAUCAAAUAAAGUAAUACACCCGUAAAACAGGAUUAUAUAUUUUGCAUAUUUGUGAUCAAAGUGACUCGUGUUUAUUCCUCAUGUUGUGAUAUUUCUACAAUAGUUUAGUUGUACAAUGGACAUCGACGUUAGUAAAGAGAAUAUCCAGCCUCUAAGAGGUGGUAGAAAUCUUGUGCAGCUGGGCGCAGCGCUUCAAGCCCAAUCAGAUUUCGAUGCCCAAAAACAGCUGCAACUGCAGAAAGAAGAACAUGAGACAGCUAUUAGAAGCUACCAAGGCUCCGAUCCUUUAGAUCCAUGGUUUAACUAUAUCCAGUGGGUAGAACAGUCUUUCCCUAAGCAUGGCCAUGAAGGGAAUAUUGAUAAAAUUAUUAAAGACUGUUUGCAAUUAUUUGAGAAAGACGAAAGAUAUUUUCAGGAUAGGAGACUUGUGAAGUUGUGGAUCAAAUAUGUUGACUGUCUUUCUAAUCCAUUGGAAAUAUAUCAAAGAUUGUAUAAUACUGGCAUAGGAGUUGAAUGUUCAGAAUUCUACAGAGCUUGGGCAUGUUAUUGUGAAGAAUCGGGAGAUUAUAAAAAGGCAAAUCAGGUCUAUAUGCUUGGACUUCAGGCUAAAGCUCAGCCUAUUGAUGAACUUGAACAGGCCCACAUGAAUUUUCAGUUGUUUUUUGCACAAAGAAUGUUACAUGAUGAUUCACCAACUAAAAGAAAGGCAGCAUCUGCUCUGGCUGAAACUAGAAUGGCUUUAACAUCUCUUAAAUCAUUUAAAAGACGUAACAUUGCCAAUGUACCUGUGCAAAGAAUUGGAGAUAGUAUCAAAAGCACAAUACCUGGUGUUGUAAAGCAGCAAACAAAUCAAUUUGAUAAUAGAAUGCCCAAUUCUAAUGUUAUGGUUAACAUUUUUGAGGAUGCACCUUCUACAUCUAAUGCCAUUCCUGUUGUGGAAAAUCCUGGUCCAGCCUCAUUAGUUCAGGCAUGUAGUAAUGUUGAGAAUGAAAAAGAAGUUGGUAUAUGGACUAAUCCCAAGACUAAAAUGGUACAUACAAAUCUAGUGCCUCACCAGCCAUUGCCUUUCACUCCUUAUGAAGAUGAAGAUGAUGUGUUGAAACUUCCUGCUAAUCACAUGUCACACUGUCCAGAUGAUUUAUCAUUUAAUGCACCUCUUUGUGUACCUGAUCCUCCAGACCCUACGAAAAUUUCUUGUUACAAUAAAACCCAAGUUUAUGUUGAUGACCAGGAAUACAGUUUGGAAGAAAUCAGAUCUAGAAAGUUCAAUUUAGCCAAGAAAGUCAAAACAGAAUAUCCAUCUGAGGUAAAACGCCAUCAAUCUUAUCACAACAUAAAUGAAACUCUUGCUCAGUGUAGUGCACUAGAAACUUUAGCGAAUUGUGCAUUAGAUACAGAACAGGAUCAUUUAGGUCAACUAAUGCCAUUGAGCAUUCCAACUUUGCAAAAUAUUACAAAAGUUACGAAUAUGCAUUCACCGGGCGAGCCAAAAGUUUUGGUCAAUUUGGAUUCAAAAGAAUUCAGUGUAAAUAAAAGUGAUGAAAAUCAACGUCCUAUUGAAAAUAAUUCUAAUAAAGAAAAUAACAUUGGGAAAUUCACAUCUACUGACAACUAUAACAAUGACCAUGGACCAGGGAGUUAUGGUAAAAAUAAUCUCAUGGAAGAAUUUAAUAGAAGUUUGAUGGGGAAUCUGCUGGGUGAUUCAGUAACUGUAAAUACUAAAGAGGCACGUUGGGAGCUUCGGAAUUUAUUCAAUGAUAAUGAACCAUCAAUGGUGCAACCUGUUAUGCAGCAGUUUGAAGUUCCCAAUUUCGAUAUACAUGAGGAUAGAUCUAUUACAAUGGCUAUUAAUACCAAAAAGAAACAAGAACUAAUUGAUGUUAAAGAUUUGCUAGAAGAAAAAGAAAAUGCCAAUAAAUUCAGUGUUCCUGUAGCAGCUCCUCCACAAAAUGUUAACAGAACUGCAUAUUAUGAAGAGCCUUCCUGUACACAAGUUUUCAACUUUAACAUUAAAGAUGCUAGUACUCCGAAUAUGUCUCAAUUUAAAAAACCAAAUUCUAUUGAUCAAUCAAAAUUCCCAAAUGUCCCAAAAUUUAGUAUGGAUGAAAGUGUUAUUGAAAAUGUAGAAAAUGGCAUGACAAAGAAGGAAGACAGCAUUAGACAAAUUACUACUGACCAACAUGCUACAGUAGACAAUCAAGGUGGAGGACUAUCUGUUAUCAUGGAAGCCACGCGGGAAUAUAAUAGCAAAUCUGGUUCAAGUUCUUCUGGUCAAUCAACAAGGACUAAUUUUACUGGAUACACAACAAACUUCGAUUCUAUUUACAACAAUCAUAAUGACCCUAUGCAACAGCCCACAUCUUCAAAACGAAGUUCUUUAUCAACACAACCGCGAUUACCUAGUGGUCAAUUUGCACGUGUUUAUCCUCAGAAACGCGAGCAACCGGAGAGCAAGCCAGUUGUUCCACCGUCAGCAGUACCGUAUCUGUCUCAUGACCACCAGUAUCAGAAGCCAAUGCCUAAUAACUUUAAUGGUUAUUCUCCUCAGAGAUCAGUUCAUUCUCACUAUCCCCAGAAUUUCAACUACCAACAGGGUUAUACAAGUAAUCAAAUGAUGAACCAACAACAACAACAGGGUUAUAGCAGUCCUAGUUCUCAUGCUUAUCAUAGUCCUCAGCAUACUGGUAUGCAGAGUCCACAUGCUAUGAGCCCUAGUGUGCCUCCUGGCUUUCAAAGUCCUACAUUUUCCAAUCAAGUAGGGUAUCAUAGCCCAGGGCAUGCAAUGAUGAGUCCACAAAAUUCUUAUGCGGGAAGACAAGACUAUCACUACCCUAGUCAAACAGAUAGACAACAUGUUUAUGCUACUCAGCAACAACAACAAAAUCCUGCUGUAUUCCAAAGUCCUCCACAUCAACCACAAUAUCAAAAUAACCAAUAUUAUCAUAGACCUAGUCAAGUGGCUGCUUCGCCAAGUCAAUCAUACAAUCAACAAAAUUAUCCUAAUAUGCAUAAUCAAUACAAUAACGCUAAUGUAUAUUCCAACGUCAAUAAUCAAACAUAUAAUUCUAUGCAAAGUCCCUAUAGACAAUCGCCUAAAUCAGCUCCGGAAAAUAAUCCAACUGCAUAUGGUGUGCAAAACAACCAACAGUUUCAGAUAUACCAAAGUCCACAACAGUCUCAAAAUAAUAUCUUAAAUACCGAUGUUCAUAAAACUAACGUGACCACAGAAACAUCAGAAACACAAGUUAAACAAGAAUCACAUAUUCAUAUGAAACAUCAAGAAACUCCAAAUGAACAAAGCAGCAAAUUAACUUCACAGGCAAAAAAUAUUGCACCACACAAAAGUCCUACUUCGGCAUUGCGUCACAUCAGGCACGACCAGCCUGCCACAAAACAUAGUCAAAACUCGUCUGACAUUGGUUUUUCGAAUCAGUUCCUUAAUUUCAUUUCCAACAGAAAUGAACCGAAAGACAACGCAAACACUCCGAAGUUUACAAACAGUCCAAGUAUUUCACAAAAGAUGCAUAAAAAUCUUUAUGUUUCAAGUCCAGAGCAGGCUCAGAUACCGCCAUCUUCAGGUCUUUCGGAUUCUGAUAGCAAAGACGGCAUGACUGCGCAGACUAUAACAUCAAUCCAGUCAGCUAAAGUCUCACACAGUAUUUCUGAAAAGCAUAAGGAUAUAUCUAAAAGACAACUUGAUUUCGAACAUCGUGCUGAUCUACAAUCUGAAGAUAGCAGGGAUUCUGUUAGUAAGGAUAGUAGAAUCUCGUCAGUGUACUCAAGACAAUCUGACUUCCAAUCGGAUGGGUAUGGUAUGGAUGUAGACAGUGAAAAUUCUAUGGAAUGUGGCGCUUUUAAAUCUACACAUUCUAUAUCUUUAGUAGAAACUAGUGAUAUACCAAGACCUGCCGAUAUUGACUUUCCUAGAGUAAUUGACCCAUUUAAUAAAAAGAUAAUUACGUCUCUUUUGGAAUACGUUAAAUUUCCUAAUAAAACUCAUGCUGAUGGAUAUAUAGAGGUGAGAUCUGUACCUAAAUUGCAACCGGCAACUAUGAUUAGCAUCGGAAAUAAUAAAUUUUCUAUUGAGAAACAACUCGGCAAAGGAAACUAUGGGGCAGUUUUUCUGUGUCUUGAUAUCCAUACUAAUAAAACUGUGGCUGUAAAGUAUCAGAAACCUAGUCGACCUUGGGAGUUCUAUAUUUGUCAAGAAAUAAAGGCAAGAAUAAAGGACCCAUUCAUGCUCCCAGGCUAUAUGGAUAUUACAACUGCAUUUUUAGGAGACAAUGCUAGUUUAUUUGUAUCGGAAUAUUCAAAAUAUGGAUCUUUACUAGAUGUUGCUAACAGAGUUAAAAUUGCUACUUCGAAAUGUAUAAAUGAGCUUAUAGUAAUUUUAUUGACUUCUGAGAUGCUGUCUAUUGUACAUUAUCUUCACAAGGCUCAGAUAAUACAUGCAGAUAUCAAACCAGACAAUUUUUUACUCAUGAAAAUACCUACUCAAGAAUGGCGAACGCCGUCUUUACAGUUAAUUGAUCUGGGAUGUGCUAUUGAUAUGUCAUUGUUUCCAGAAGGAACUACUUUUAGAGAGUUAAUUGCAACUGAAGGAUUUACAUGUACUGAGAUGAGAGAAGGGAAACCGUGGACAUACCAAACUGAUCUCUAUUGCCUAGCAGGCACUAUACAUGUUAUAUUAAUGGGAAGCUACAUGAAAGUAGUCAAUCGCUUGGGCCAAUGGAAUAUAGAUAAAAAAUUACCAAGGUAUAUGAAGGUGUCCUUAUGGGAUAAGGUAUUUACUACAUUAUUGAAUGUACCAGAUUGCAAUAAUUUGCCAGACAUCAUGGAUCUCAAAAACGAAGUAGAUAGUGUAUUGAAUGAAAUUGAUAAUCUUGGCUUUCAACUACACAAUUUUGCUAAUGUGCUUAAAUCUAGGUAAAUCACGUAAGCGAUCUUAAUGUAUUUAUUGCAUUUAGUUAUAAUGGCGAUUGUAAAAUAGACAUUCAUUAUGUAUUAUUAAAUAUAGAAAUACAAAUUAUUUCUAAGUUUAAUGAGCUACAAUAGGCCCCUUCGCCAGGUUAUUAAAAGAUUAAACUCUUUUGAAUAUAAUAAAAGCAAUAAGUAUUAAAAUAUCAGAAUCUACUACUUAGCUAUAUAAACUUGUCUUGUUGUGUUUAGUUAUAAUUGUGAUAUAUGUGAUUUUUUAGUUUGUUUUGUUAAUAUAAUGAAUUAAAAGUUGGCUUAGAGAAAUUACUCGUUAGUUGAAUAAUGUUGAGACAUUAUCUACAUUUCAUUUAUUUUUGUACAACAAAAUAAGCCUUGCACAUUUCACAUUUCUUGUUUGAAUUGUAAUAAAGUAAUAAACAAUUACCUGGUUGAAAAUUCGUUUUAUUAUUAAAGCUGAGUUUCUGUAGAAAGGCUGCUCAAAGAUUCCACCUUGGGAAAACUGUGGUUAUUUUUAAUGAAAAAUGCUUGAAAAAUCCACAUGGACCCUGGCACCCGGAGAUGGGUUUCGAACCCAUGAACAUUCGCAAUCCAGGCGACUGCUUUAACCACUGAGUUACCCAGGACCUAAGAGGGCUGACGAAUCUUUCAAGCACUUGUUACUUUUCGCUACUACAGAACAUAUUCUAAUCAAUGUUCAGGCAAUCCAGCCAAACAGAAAUAUUAUUACAAAUAUUUAAACUUCGCUUUAACCACUGAGUUACCCAGGACCUAAGAGGACUGACGAAUCUUUCAAGCACUUGUUACUUUUCGCUACUACAGAACAUAUUCUAAUCAAUGUUCAGGCAAUCCAGCCAAACAGAAAUAUUAUUACAAAUAUUUAAACUUCCAAUAGACGAUAUUUUGUUGAGCAUUUUUAUUAUGAAUAUUUUUCAGUAUAGUAUUGUGAAUGUGAAAUUGAUCAAAUAUAAUAAACUAAAGUCAUUGUUGAAUAGCUCGGUGGCGUAGUGGAUAAGCGCCGCGGCCCGCGAUCGUUAUCGUUAAGUAACUUUCGCAAGGGUCGGUCACGGGAUGGGUGACCAAAAAUUAUUAUCUCGAGCUACUCCGUGCUUCGGAAGGCACGUUAAGCCGUUGGUCCCGCCUGCAUUUGCAGUCGUUAAUAUCCUCCAAUCCGCAUUGGGCCAGAGUGGAGGGUCAUGGCCCAUCCUCCUUAACCAUCCAUAAGGAAGGCCUGAGCCCCUGCAGUGGGGACGUAAAAAGGCUGGUGAUGUGAUGAUGAUGAUGAUGAUGAACAAUAGUACAAAGGGUACAAAUGAACUUUAUUAUCAACAAAAAGACUUAAAAUCAACUGAAAUGGAAUUUGUAUCAAUGUGACAUACUUGCAAAUGCCUUUAUGCUUCUUUAUUCAAUACAAUUUUACUAUUUCUUUUAAAUUGUAUCUAAUAAAUGAAUGAAUGAAAGAUGUAUGGCAUGGACUUAUAAUAAUAUGUAUUUUGUUGAGACACAUCUGCAUGUCAGGUUACCAUAAUAUGUCAAAUUUGAUUUAAAACUAGUUUAAGGUUUAAAAUGAAAUCUGUCU